CUCGCCGAAUACCGCAUCUCAGAACGCACUCAUCUGUUAGCUAACUCGGUGAGAGUAGCCAUGAAGUCUGAUGCUGCUACCAAGAUCACCAUGGCCAAAGUUUGGCUUGUUAUGCUAGUAUUGUCUGUAGGCUUGCUGGGCGCUGCGGCAGGACAGGAGUGCCCAAGAACCUUCUUCUCAGCUCUGCUGCAGCUGAUGCCAUGCAGGCUGGCGGUCGCAACCUUCAAUCCAGCCCCACCAAGUGAAGCAUGCUGCAAUGCUAUCAAGACUUUGGGGCAGCCCUGCCUUUGUGCACUUGUCAACGGACCACCGGUCACCGGUGUCGAUCGCAAUAUGGCCAUGCAGCUCCCCGUCAAAUGCACUGUCAACUUUGAGCCAUGUAAUUCUGAAGUCUAAGCAAAGGGGUCUGAUGUUGUUCUAUGAUAAUUAGUUUCCGGGGGAGCAGCAAACCACCUAAUUGACGUCGUAUGUCUACUAUAUAUUAAGGAGCAAUAAGUUGGAUAGAAGGUUAUUCGCUGUACUAAAUAUUUGUGAGGAGUUCAGGUCACUUAAUGGCGUAUGCUACUUUAUGUAUCACCGGUUAAACUCUGAAAAUAAUUAGUUCUCUUUGACUUCUAUUCUGAAAGGGUCUGUUCAAGCAAAU